GAUGACGGCGCUGCUGGCGGCCAUGUUUCCAUGUAUUCACCGUCUUCUCUUUCACAGCCAUAGGUUUCUUUUUAGUUUUGGGUGAAACGAAAGUCAGUCAGUCGUGAUUUCCGGUUGUGAGUUGAGGAGAAGAUGUGCAGUAACGCUGAGGUUAUCCAUUAUGCGACGCGUGUGUUGUGUGAGAAUAAAGGCUCUAUGGAGUUAUGGGGGCUGCACAUGAAGGUGCAGGAGAGCUGUAGGAUCAGCGAUGAACAGUUCUGGUUCAUCCUGAAGGAAUGUCCUCGAUUCGCUUUAGUCACAAGGCAGCCCAGUGCAGGACGAGCAGAGGACGACUACAUAGUGGUGGCUAAAACAUCUCUGCGCUUGUGUAAGAACUACGCUGAACAGGAAUGUUCUCGCUGUCAGGACCUGCAUCUGUGUAAAUUCUUCGUGUAUGGAAACUGCCGCUAUGGGAAGAGAAGGAAUCAGUGCAGAUUAUCUCAUGAUAUUCAUUCAAAGCAUAACGAAAAGCUGCUCCGGGAGUGCACUCUUCAUUUGCUUCAGGAGGAUGAACUCUUCCUCCUUCUGCUACAGAACGACCCCUUACUUCUGCCUAAGGUGUGCUCGUACUACAAUAAGGGUGCAGGGGUUUAUGGGUCCUGCACCUUUGAGGGCAGCUGCAUCAAACUGCACCUGUGUCAGCACUUUGUGCAGGACGACUGCAUCUUCGGCAGCAAGUGUAAGCGGUUACACUUCAUAGAUGAGUGCAAUCGCAGAAAGCUGGAGGAGCGGGGUCUAAGUGGUGACCUUAUCCAGGACCUGCCCUACAUCUACCAAAAUAUCUACCGUAUCAAGUCCAGCAGAGAAGACAUGGAAAGAGAAAGGAUCUCCGAGCCUGUAAACCAAGCCUACACACAGGAAGAGGAGAACAAUGAGAUCUGUGUUCACUUCAUCAGGAGGACCUGCAAGUUUUCAGGGCAGUGCAAACUGAUUCAUUUUAAUCUGCCGUAUAAAUGGGAGGUGAAUGAGGGCAACGGCUGGAGGGUGCUGCAAGGUAUGGAGAACAUUGAAAGAGCCUACUGUGACCCCAAGAACUCACAUGGUCCUGGCUCGCGAGCAGUAGACUUUGAGACGAUGACUCGGCAAGGGCAUCCAGUGCGUCGUCUCUCCACAGCCUCAUCUGUCACCAAGCCUCUUUACGGUCACUAUAACUUGACAACACACUGGCUUUGGUACUACAAAGGAGAUCAUGCUAACUGGAUAGAGUACGGCCUGCCGGAUGAUAAGCAUCGUGUGACGUCUGUGAAUUCCUGUGACGUUGAAAAUGCUUAUCUGUUGGGCAGCACAUCAGAGGUGAUGGUCAGCAAGGGCAACCGACAGUACUAUGUCAGUUUUGGAGAUAUGUAUCAGCGAAAUCCCAAACACAACACUAAGAGAAAAGUACGCAGACGACCACAGUUCGUUUCAGUCCAGGAGGUGGAAAGCAAAAUAGAAGCAGUGAAAAUGUACACACACACAAACACAAUUACACACGGAUGAGCUUUGUACAAAGCAGAAGAUUUAAAUAUUGCACUGACAGUGAAUGGUGUGUCCUUGUACACUUACCAAGCACACUUAUCAUUCAUUUAUUUUCAUAAUUUACACCUACCAAACAGACAAACUUUGUGGGGUUUAGAAGGGGUGUCCAAACUUUUCUUGUUGGGGGCCAGAUGGAGUAAAAAUGUGCACACAAAACACAAGCCACAGAAUCUUUUGUAAGCCAAUAAAAAUAUAAUAGAUCUACUUGAUUACUAACAAUUACACUUCCUUUUCAUUUUAGUGACUAAUUAUCUAUCUUUGAUAGUGUUGUGUAAACUAAGAUUUUGCCAAUUUCACUCACCAGUUUAUAAUCCUAAUGGGAAGAUUAUUAUAUUUCUUUACAUUAAACGUACACACUUCUCUGAACUCGGUGAGAGAAUAUUUGUUUUCCCAGCACUAAAAAUCGU